CAAUCUUCUUUUACCUUCGAUGCACGCAACAUGUGGCAACAACUAGUACUGAUAGUUCUAAGCUGCUUGGCCGCCACCAUCCAACACGGGACCGCAGAGCGCGUGCGGUACGACAACUAUAAGGUCUAUGAGCUGCAACCGCAGACGGCAGCUCAGUUAGAGACCAUCAAGGCGCUUGAUGGUUCUAGUGACUCGUUACGCUUUGUGGAUCCUGAAUAUAAUGUGGAUACUAAAAUUUAUGUCCUCAUUGCGCCACAUAGUGUCACCGAUUUCGUAGCUACAUUGAAGGAAAGCGAUAUUUCAUAUGAAUUGGUGGACGAGAAUGCACAGAACAGUUUAGAUACGGAAGAGCUUGUAGCGGAUGCCAAUCGACCAAGCGGUGAAUACACUUGGACGGAAUAUCAUGAGCUGAACGAUACAUAUGCUUGGUUGCGUUCACUACCUGAAAAAUAUCCUGAGCAAGUGAGUGUAUUUGUUGUCGGUCAGUCGUAUGAAGGGCGUGAAAUAUUAGGCGUAAAGAUCUCGUAUGCCAGCAAUGUCGAUGGUGCAACAAAACGUGGUAUUUUCAUUGAGGGCGGCUCACAUGGCCGUGAGUGGAUCAGCUGCGCUACCCCAACUUACAUCAUUAAUCAGUUGCUCACCAGCACUAAUGCGGAUGUGCGCAAGAUGGCGGAGAGUUUUGAUUGGUAUGUGGUGCCCCAUGCUAACCCUGAUGGCUUUGUGUAUACGCAUACUACCGAUCGUAUAUGGCGUAAAACACGUACGCCAUACGCCAACGAUUGCUUUGGCGCAGAUCCCAAUCGUAAUUUUGACUUCCAUUGGAAUGAAGCUGGUACAAGCAAUACUAGUUGUGGGGAAAUGUAUGCCGGACCAAGAGCCUUCUCAGAGGUUGAAACGCGCGCGCUCGCUGAAUACAUUAGCACAUUGAAGGGAAAAUUAAUUUUAUAUUUGACAUUCCAUUCAUAUUCUCAACAGUUACUCUACCCUUACGGGUAUACCAGUGAGCUGCCGCCCAACUACAACGACUUGAAGCGCGUUUUUGAUGUUGGAGUCGCAGCUCUUUCAAAACGUUAUGGCACCAAUUAUACUGGUGGUCCGAUAUAUGAGGAGGUAAAUCCAGUUGGGGGUGACAGCAAUGAUUGGGCUUAUGGCGUGAUGGAGAUACCCUACUCAUAUGCCUUUAAAAUGCGUCCUUCGCUUUCAGAAGGCUGGAUUGGAUUCCGAUUACCAGCCGAACAAAUAAUACCUGCUAGUGAGGAGGUAAUGGAUUCUAUGUUGGUUAUGGUCAAGGAAAUACGUACUUUGUCAAUGUUGUAAUAAAAUAUUUAAUGUGGAUGUUCUAAAUAAAACCAAAUAAAAAUUUUUUUUUCGCUCUUUAAAAAUCGCUA